AUGAAAUCAGCCUAUGUUCUUCUUCUCUUGGCCGUCCUAAUCUUCAUCAGCUCUACGCCAGCAAAUGCCAACUUUCAUAGAUGCGUGUUCAAAAAAAGAGAUAAUCCCUUGAAUUUACCUACUAGUCCGUCCGGUAUUCCGGGCGGUCUGAACGCCGGUUACAAUCGCAACACAUUUAACGGAAUUCUCGAAUUUGUGGAGAAUGCAAACAAAUUACAUAUCGGUGGCUUUAUUGAUAUUCAUGAUGCAAUAACAGAUGGACCAGUUGAAUCAGUCUACGAUAUUCACGUGGCCCCGUGCAGCACAAAAACCAGCCGCACCCCUGGAGACAACGACGUUAUCGACUUGGAUGAUCAGUCUUUUGCCACGCCAAUCGUCAAAACGCUUAACGCACCUCUACCAAAACUCAACCCCACAAUCCAUUGUUGUUUUGUUGUCGAGGAGUUUGCAUUCAAUAAUGGAGGAGGGAAGCAGAGAAUUUACGGAAUUGCAAAAUUAGAAAAAGUGUUUUAA